AUGGCCUCCGCGACGGCAUCCCCAUGGGUCCAGGGUAUCGCCGCGGGUCGAUCCCUCGCCCGCUCGGCGCGUCUCCGCCCCGCGCCCGUGCGAACCCGACGACCCUCGCCCGCGCGAUGGAUAACGACGAGCGCCGGGCUGCUGGACGCGCUCGAGGUGAAGGUCCCGAAGUCCUCCACCGCGGAGGACGUCGACGAGAAGAACGAGUUCAGGUCGCUCAUGGAGAAGGCCGGGGUGAAGCACCAGGUCCGGCUCGCCUCGGGCGCCCGGGGCCGGGGGCUGUUCCCCACCGGCCCGGUCGGAUGGACCGAGUCCGCGGUGCUCCUCUCCGUGCCCCUCGACGUGUGCAUCUGCGCGCCCUUCGGAGACGAGGACGCCGUGGCGAACGAGCUCGGACUCAACGACGGGUACAAGGACACGUGCACCAUCCUCCGCAGGGCGUGGCAGCGCCGCAACGGCGCCAAGGUUCCCGAAGCCAUCGUGUCCCUCCUCGACUCGGGAUCGGGCGACGAUCGCGAGCUCGGCGUGGCGCUGUGGGUGCUGUGGGCGUGCGAGAACGGCGGGGAGGUGUGGGAGGCGUACGCGCGUUGGCUGCCGAAACCCGACGGCCAAAUGCCCAGCCUGUUGCUCGCCAACGAACGCGAGCUAUCGCAGCUCCAGGACCCACACCUGGCUGGGGAGGCGCGGCGGCUGCACGAAGCGAUGGCGGCGGCGCAUAACAAAAUUGCAAUCGCCAACGCGGAGGCGAGGUCGAUGAACGGUCGGACGGUGCGUGAGUUCACCCUCGAGGAGCUGCGGUGGGGGUUCGCGCUCGUGGCGAGCCGCGCGGUGGCGUCCCCCGUCGGCGACGGGGGCGCGGCCGCCGCGAUCAUGGUCCCGUUCUUCGACAUGGCCAACCACGACGACGCGUCGAUGGUGUCGGCGAUCAAGUCAGUGCGGGGUACCGAGGACGGAGACGUGGAGAACGGGUUGCGCGUCGCGGUGGAGAGGGCGAUCAACCAGGGCGUCGGGGGACCGCGCGUGGUGCUGGAGACCACGCGAGGGUUGCAGAACGCCGACGACGAGGUCGUCAUUCAGUACGACCCGUCCGCCGACAACCGCGAGCUCAUGCUCCGUUACGGGUUCUCCCUUCGGGGGAACAGAAACGAGAAGCUUCCGAGGCCCAACGACGGGUCCCCCGCGUCCACGUGCGCGCUCACCCCGGGCGCGUUAAAGCUCGCGUUGGAGGCGAAGGGGCUGAUGCGUGAGAGCACGCCGCCGGAGGAACGGCGGCGACUGAUAUCUGUCGUCGCCAACGCGUGCCCGGGUCGGCGCAGUCCCUCGGAGGACGACUCGUGGGAACUGGACGAGGACGCGUGCGCCAAGGAGGCCAUGGACGCGGUGGCGCUUCGAAUGCACUGGCAACAAACGCUGGACGCGUUCGAGACGAGCGCGAUGGAGGACGAGUCCCUGUUGACGGCGGCCAAGGCGGGGGUUUUGCCGGGCGCCACAGCCAACGUGGUGUGCGCGGUGGAGUAUCGGAUGGAGCGUAAGGCGGCGCUGGCCACCGGGAUCAAGGCGCUGGACGCGUACGUGGAGUGGCUCAGCGAAGACGACGGGGAGGAUGAGGGGGAUGGGGAGGAGGAGGGCGAUGGGGAUGGGGGCGAGGGGGAUGGGGCGGAGGUGGAGGCGGAUCACAUCUUCGCGUAUCGAGCGACGCGCGAUCCGAGGGGAGGACGCAGAGCCCGUCCGCGCGCACGCGCAUCCGGGCGAAGAUAUCUCAUGACCUUCGGGGACCUCCUUUGGGGAGCGGAGGCGGAGGAGCGCCGAGCCCGCGAGGCGCUCGAGGCCACGGAGAUCGCCGUGCCCGUGGACCGGAAAGAAGAAGACGCGCGGGACGCGGACGCGAGCGAGGAGCGCGCGCCGCCGCUGCGUCAGGUUCUCCUUCCCGUCGACGGGACCGCGCAGUCCGAGUACAUGGUCGACUGGGCGCUCACCAACUUCUGCAGGGAGGGGGACCAGGUCAACAUCCUCCACGUCAUACCCAAUCUCAAGCAAACCUCGAGGACGUCGUCUAUCGACCGCGGUCCGCUGACGUACCUGUCGGAACCCCGCGAUCCCGUCGAGCAGGAGGCGCAGUGGCGCGCGGACGCCGAACAAUACCUCGCACAGGCCAUCUUCCCCGCCAUCGACGCCGCGGGGCUGCGGUACACCGCGGAGAUCGUCGCGUACGAGACGGAUAACCAGUCCAUCGGGGAGAUUGUCUGCGAACGCGCGUCGGAUCUGGAAGCCGCCGCGGUGAUCAUGGCGGCGUCGGGGAAGGGACGCGUGAAGGAGUUCUUCAUCGGGAGCGUCACCAACUACUGCCUGCACAGGUGCAAGCGACCGGUGGUGAUAUACAGGUCGCCGCCCGUCGUGCGACCGGGCGCGAGUUCACGCGGCGGGAAGGAGGUCAACGAGUCAAACGGGGCAUACGCGCACGCGGAGUGA